CAACCUUUAGAUCUCACCUCUCACAACACUGCCUCUGCCUCCUCUCACUCUCGGGACUCUCUUGUGUGACUGUGUCUCUCACCUAGGUCAUCUUCAACCUUCCCAGCUUCCCCUUUGGCCCUCCUCUACCAAUCGCAAAUGGCUGCGCCCUUGCUACACCACUUCAGCGCCACUGCUUCACCGCUUCAACACCAUUGUUGCGCCCAUGUUCACCACUUUUGGCCUCUGCUACGCUGCUACUGCACCACUUCUAUACCUUUGCUGCGCCGCUGCUGCACUACUUCUGUGCCCUUGCUGCACCAUUGUUGCUCCCCUACUGCAAUGUGAAAUUGUGAAAGGGAAGAAUUUCAAAGUUAUUCAAGAUUGAUGUGUCUUCAAGAUUAGUUAAGAACAGAUCUCAAAGGUUUUUUUAUGAGCAAUUGUUAAAUUUGAGAGUUAAGGUGUUUUGAGUUGACUCUUGGUUGCCUCCCUUCGUACUGGAUGUUGGUUUAGUUGUUUUAUUUAUGUUAAAUUAAUUUUUGCUUAUGUUUGGAACAAGUAUGUUGUUUUAUAUUGGAUUAAUCUCUAUUUAUAUUUGGAACAACUUGUGUUUGAAGAGUUUACGUUUGAUUAAUAUUUAUUUACGUUUGGAAUAAGUUUAUUGAUUUAAU